AUGCAUCACCAUCCUCUCAGCCAUUGCAAUCCCUGCACAUAUUCUUCUGCCAGAUCCAAAUGGGAAAUAGUUGAAGUCAUUUCCACUAUAGUCCCAUUUGCUGUUCAAGAACCUUUCUGGAUCAAACUCCAAUGGGUUUUCCCAAAUGGAAGGGUCCCUGUGUAUUGCCCAGACGUUGAAGAAAAUCCGGGAUCCUUUCGGGAUGGUGUAGCGUCCCACAGUGCAGGUUUCACUUGGGCAAUGAGGGACUAG